UUUGGUUUCUAGGUCACCUCCCAACUAACCGGGGUGAAGAUGAAUGUCCGAAAUGCAAGGGUAGUUCUCUUUAACCCGCUUAAUUUUCAUAUUCUCCGUAGCCGAAUGACUUAUUGAAUAUGAGGGACUGCAACCUAGACUGUUUGCCUGAAAAUUACCAGAUGAAAUAUUACUUUUAUCACGGCCUAUCUUGGCCCCAACUCUCCUACGUUGCAGAAACUGAUAAUGGAGAGAUAGUUGGCUAUGUCUUGGCUAAAAUGGAAGAAGACCCAGAGGAUGUUCCAUAUGGACACAUUACAUCUCUGGCUGUUAAACGGCCAUACCGACGUCUGGGUAUUGCUCAAACCCUAAUGAAUCUUGCAUCACGAGCCAUGGUAGAGAACUUUCACGCCAGAUAUGUCUCUUUGCACGUUCGGAAAAGCAACAGAGCUGCGCUGACGUUAUACAAGAAGACACUACAAUUUGUAGUUUCAGAUAUCGAACCUAAAUAUUAUGCGGACGGUGAGGAUGCUUAUGCUAUGAAGAGAGAUCUUAAAACAUUGUGGGAUAAGUACGGCCCUGCUGAUGUUCCUUUUAAAGAAACAAAGGGGAAAAAUGCUCAAUAAAACCCUGACCAAUAAAUUUAUACUUUCAAAGUGUAUUUGUGCUCAUUUCAAAGGGUAUGGUGUUAAGCUUACUAUUUGAUAGUGUACAG